AUGCGUUUGUCAACUUCUGCCCUCGUGCUGGGCGCUGCCUCUUCGGCCAUGGGCCUGGAGCAGCAGAUCCUCGGCGGCGGCGACUCCAAGCCUCUCAUCGACCUUGACGUGAACGCGUGGACCAAGCCCCUCGAAAAGUUCUUCGGAGAGAUCUCAUCAGAGGCCAAGGCCGUCUGGGACGAAGUCACACUUCUUGCCCCCGACGCUGUCGAAGCUUUCAAGAAGCAGGUCCUCACUGAGCCCAAGAAGGUCAACCGCCGACCCGACUCUCACUGGGACCACGUCGUCAAGGGUGCCGACGUUCAGUCUCUGUGGACCGAGAAGAACGGCGAGAAGCAUCGCGAGGUCGGCGGCAAGCUCGAGAACUACAACCUCCGCGCCAAGAAGGUCGAUCCUUCCAAGCUCGGUGUUGACAAGGUCAAGCAGUACAGUGGUUACCUUGACGAUGAGGAGGAAGACAAGCAUCUCUUCUACUGGUUCUUUGAGUCCCGCAACGACCCCAAGAACGACCCCGUCGUCCUCUGGCUCAACGGUGGCCCCGGUUGCUCUUCCUUGACCGGUCUCUUCCUUGAGCUUGGACCUGCUUCCAUCAACAAGAAGAUUGAGCUCGUCAACAACCCUGAGUCAUGGAACAACAAUGCUUCCGUCAUCUUCCUUGACCAGCCCGUCAAUGUUGGCUACUCCUACAGCGGUGGUUCCGUGAGCAACACUGUCGCUGCCGGCAAGGACAUCUACGCCCUUCUCACCCUCUUCUUCCACCAGUUCCCCGAGUACGCCAAGCAGGAUUUCCACAUUGCUGGAGAGUCUUACGCUGGCCACUACAUCCCCGUCUUUGCCAACGAGAUCCUCUCCCACGAUGACCGCAACAUCAACCUCAAGAGUGUUCUCAUUGGUAACGGUCUUACCGACGGUUACACUCAGUACGAGUACUACCGCCCCAUGGCCUGUGGUGAGGGUGGCUACCCCUCCGUGCUGAGCGACAGCGAGUGUCAGUCCAUGGACAACGCUCUUCCUCGAUGCCAGUCUUUGAUUAAGGGCUGUUACGAGUCCGGCAGUGCCUGGUCUUGUGUUCCUGCCAGCAUCUACUGCAAUAACGCCAUGAUGGGCCCUUACCAGCGCACUGGCCAGAACGUUUACGACAUUCGAGGCAAGUGUGAGGACAGCUCUAACCUCUGCUACUCUGGCCUCGGCUACAUCGCCGAUUACCUGAACCGUGAAGAGGUCAAGGAGGCUCUCGGUGCCGAGGUCAGCAGCUACGACAGCUGCAACAUGGACAUCAACCGAAACUUCCUCUUUGCCGGUGACUGGAUGCAACCCUACCACCAGCUCGUCCCCAAUGUUCUCGACAAGAUCCCCGUUCUUAUCUACGCUGGUGAUGCUGACUUCAUCUGCAACUGGCUCGGAAACCAGGCCUGGACCGAUAAGCUUCAGUGGUCUGGCCAGAAGGAUUUCAGCCAUGCUGACCUCAAGCCUCUUGAGCACGCCGGCAAGGAGUACGGCAAGGUCAAGUCCAGCGGCAACUUCACCUUCAUGCAGAUCUACGGUGCUGGCCACAUGGUUCCCAUGGACCAGCCCGAGGCAUCUUCUGACUUCUUCAACCGCUGGCUCAGCGGUGAGUGGUUCUAA